AUCAUUCAACCGAGCAACGAAGAACAGUCAACAUGAAAUUCACAUCAGCUUUAGUCGUCGUUUUAGUGGCCGUAGCCUUCGUCAGAGCGGACAGUGCAGACAGCAAGACGCACAAACCGGAAAAACGCGGUAUCGUCGCUGAACACGAUUACGAAACCGGGUUGGGACACAGUUCCAGUCUGAGCUACGGUUCCGGUCUAGGAUUGGGCUCCAGCAUUGGCUUAUCGACCGGAUUAGCUUCUGGUUACGCUGCUCACGGUGGAGCUUAUGGGUCCUCAUACGCUCCAGCUUACAGUGGUGUUGCAGUCGCAGCCGCACCUGCAUACAGCGGAGUCGCAGUCGCAGCUGCACCUACAUACAGUAGAGUCGCAGUCGCAACCGCACCUGCAUACAGCGGAGUCGCAGUCGCAGCCGCACCUGCAUACAGUGGAGCCGCGUACUCCGCCGCCCCAGCACCGACCGCCGGCCCAUUGAUCCCAAUCUCCAAGGAUAUACACAUCAUCAACCGUCAUGCCCAACCAGUUUCUGCCCCGUACCCAGUGCCAGUGCAGAGGACCGUCGCCAUCCCAGUGCCACACCCUGUCCCUUACCCGGUAGAACGUCCAUAUCCAGUCCGAGUUGCCGCCCCGUACCCAGUUCCAGUUGAGAGGCCUGUUCCAUACCCAGUAGACAGACCAGUGCCACACGCAGUGCCGGCUCCUUACCCAGUCCCAGUCGUCCAGAACGUACCUGUACCGGUUUCCCGUCCAGUACCAGUUCCGGUUGUCAGGCGAGUUCCUGUGCCGGUUGCCACACCAGUCGUUGUCCAAGCACCACAGCCAAUCGCUGUUGCUGUCCCAGCACCUGCAUACGGAGGAUACGGUCUAGGAGUUUCCGCUUACGACGCCAGCUACGGAUCCGCUUCUCUAGGAUCUCUGUCUUCGUACGGAUCCGGUGUUUCUUCAUACGGAUCAGGACUGUCGUCGUACGGAUCUUACGGAUCAGCACCGUCCGUUUCCUCAUAUGGCUCUUAUGGACCAGCACUGUCCGCUUCCUCGUAUGGGUCUUACGGAUCAGCUCUGCCUUCUUCUUCGUACGGAUCUUAUGGACCAGCACUUUCAACUUCCUCUCACGGUUCUUAUGGACCAGCUCAGUCUUCUUCUUCAUAUGGAUCUUAUGGAUCAGAUCUAUCCUCCUCCUCGUACGGACACGAAAGCCACUCAAAAUAUGAAAGCGGUGGAUGGACUCCAAUCGUAAAACGCAACUCUAAUUAAUUAAGAGACUACUCUUCUGAGUCCUGACAUUGCUCAACUCUCAAGUCAAAACUUGUCAAGUUACUAUUUUAUAGUUGAUUAUUAUUAUGUUUUUAUACUUAGAUUAACCUUUUUAUACUUGAAAUAAAUGUCAAUUGUACAAUGCAGUUCGAAUAAAAUAUUUUGUUAAAAAAUAAA